GUAGAAGAGAGAGCAAUCCUAAGACGAAUGAAUGUGCAGACAGCCAGAAGUACACUCAGAUCUUUAAUGGCAGAGUCUCCUCCAAUUUCAAUGCUUCGGAUUCUCAUUGUGGGACCGAAUCAGGUUGGGAAGAGCUUGGCUGGAAACACCAUCCUUGGUGAUGAAGUCUUCCCUGCUGGAGUUCCAACAUCACAAUGCACUGAGAGACAGGGUGACGUUCACAAAAAACGAGUCACUGUAGUUGACACUCCAGGUUGGCAUGGGAGGUACUGCUCAGAGGACACUCCAUGGGAGGUUCAACAGCAAAUUACCCACAGUGCAUCUUUGUGUGCCCCCAUUCCCCACGCUGUCUUGGUGGUUGUACGCAGCGAUGAGACUUUCACUGGAACUGACAGAUUGAAAAUCGAGGAACACUUAAGCUUGCUUGGUGUUUGGAGUUGGACUUGAACCAUUGUGCUAUUCACCUGGGGAGACAAACUGGGAGUCAUUCCCAUUGAGGAGCACAUUGAGCAAUGGCCUGCCCUUCAGUGGUUGGUGGACAAAUGUGGAAAUAGGUAUCAUGUGUUUGAUAACUCAAGUAAGGAUAUAGACAUUCAAGUCAGAGAUCUGCUGGCGAAGAUUGAGGAAACAGAGGUAGGGAAUGAUACUGGACACUUGUUACAUAGUUUGACGAAACUCCAAGAAAGAAACAGGAAGCUGGAUCAAAGCUCCAAAAAGAGUACAAGACUGCUCAAGAAGGCAAGGAUGGACAAUGAUCUCCUGAGGCAAACAUUCGAGGACAAAGAGGACAUCAUUAAGACAGCUGAAGAGAAAGAUGAGCAGAUUGAAGCUUUGAAGGCAACAAUUGGGAAGGUGAGGGAGAAAGAAGAGAGGAAAAAUGAAGACUAUAAAAAAGAGAUUGUAAAAAGAUUAGUGGAGACUGAGAGGGAGAACAACCUGCUGAAACAAGUCAUUAUAGAGAAAGACAAAAUGAUAUCAAGCUUGACUGAAAGAUGUGCUGUGAAAAAUGAUGUCAUUAAAGCUACAAAGCAAAGCAGUGAGAUGGAAAAGGAAAUGCUACAGGAAAGAGUGAAAGAGCAAGAGAUAGAGACAGCAGCCUUGAAGAAAAGGUGUGAGAAGAAAGAGCAAGAGUUGGAACAAAUGAUGAUGAAUCAUGAAAAAGAAGCAAAGGAACUUAAAGAGAGAAAUGGACAGCUGAAGAGAGAAAAUGAAGAUAUAAAGAAGGUGUUGAAAGCCACAAUCGAUGAAAUGCAGAAGCACUAUCAAGAAAGAAGAAAUAAGAUAAACACUGUGCAUUUUAAUCCAGGCAACCACCACAACAAAAUAAUGAUAGACCUCAAUUUAUUGGAGGAGCAUGGCCGACAACAAAAAUGGGCAUUCACAGUGCCAUUGUCCCACCAUCAACACACCGUUAAAGCCAAGGCUGACCAGAAAAGGCUGGUAGUGUUGGACAAUGACAUCAGGCGACAGGAGAAGAGGGAAAUUGCAAACAAAGUGCAGCAACUGGAGGCUGGCUGGAUUCAGUCAUGGUUCAGUGUUGGAGGUGUUGUGCUAGGAGCUGCAGUCGGGGCCCUUGCUGGCUCCUCCCGGAUGGCUACAGGGUUAAGUACCAGGUCAGCUGUCGGGGCUGCAGCUGGGGCUCUGCUGGGCAGCUUACUGGUCCAAGGAGCCAGGCCCCAGCAGAGGAAGACAGAAUAAGACAUCUACAGCAAGUAAGACUAAAACAUCAUGGACAUGAAUGCAGACUUCUGAAAGGAGCACUUGUGGACUGUACUGGUACUGUACAGCUGUUUAUCUGUCUGUUCAGAUUUUGUUAACCUAGAAAUGUUUGAAAAAGACAGAACAGUAGUGUUUCAUGCAUUUUAGUGUCAGUAAUCAUUAUUCUCACAUUCGCAGCAACAAAGCUGUAUUUCUUUUUUUCUGUUGCUUGUAUUAUUUUUACUGCACAAGGAUUUGCUGCACAAGGAUUUGAAGAAACAUAUAAAGGAGACAUUUUUCUGAAUUAUUAGAUUACCAACAAGUUCCACUGAGAGCCCUCUCAGUCUAACCUUAAGCCCCUAACAGGGC